UAUACGCCAGCUGGUACUCUGAAUAUCUAUUCUCAACGAGACGGAACAGUUUUUAUCUUUCAAUUUCGUCAUGACUUGUACGAAAUGCUGAAAAUAUUCUAAUGCCUUGUGUUGGAGUGGUUUCGACCUUUUCGGGCUUUAUCAGAAAGGAACUAAACACGCUGGACGUCGUGUUCUUCAAACUUUUUUCAAACAAUAUUGUAAACGUCCGAAUAUUAUGAACCUUUGGAUUUUAAGUACUUUAUACACAUUGCUUGUCUGCCAUGUAGUUUCUAUACGAGGGGAUCACUUUGUUAACGAAUGGGCUGUUGAAAUCCCUGGCGGAUUUCGUCAAGCUCGAGACGUCGCCAGAUCUCAUGGAUAUGAAAUCAUAAAGGAAAUAAAACCAUUUGAAAACCACUAUUUGUUGCGUCACCGAGAUGUACCAAUCAGAUCAAAGCGUUCAGCGCAUCAUCAUACACGUCGCCUUGAAAAGGAUGGGCGCGUGAGAUGGGCAGAUCAGCAGGUUGAAAAAAUCCGACGAAAACGUGGCAUUAUUUCUACAGAUGAUAUUGAGACAAGGGCUUACACCGAUUUACAUUUUAAUGACCCGCUAUGGAACAAAGAAUGGUAUUUGCAUGACAGCCGCACAGAUACCAGUCUUCCGAAACUCGAUUUGCACGUGCUUCCGGUUUGGGCGAGAGGGAUCACGGGAAAAGGCAUUGUCGUUUGCGUGCUUGAUGAUGGCCUGGAGAAAAACCACACAGAUAUUGCAGCAAACUACGAUCCUUACGCCAGUUAUGAUUUAAAUGACGAGGAUGAUGACCCACAGCCUCGAUAUGACCCGACCGACGAAAACAAGCAUGGUACACGAUGCGCAGGAGAAAUUGCCAUGGUAGCAAAUAACAACAAAUGUGGAGUGGGAAUUGCUUACAACUCCAGAAUUGGAGGGGUCCGGAUGUUGGAUGGUCGAGUCACAGACCACCUUGAGGCGUCCGCCAUUGCUUUCAACCAUACUUAUGUGGAUGUGUACAGCGCCUCCUGGGGACCAAACGAUGACGGGAAAACAGUAGAGGGUCCCGGUCCUCUAGCUACGAAGGCUUUUGAAAAGGGAAUAACAGAGGGUCGUGGUGGAAAGGGGGUGAUCUACGCAUGGGCGUCCGGAAAUGGCGGUCGUCUUGGAGACAACUGUGAUUGCGAUGGAUACACCGGAAGUAUAUACACAAUCUCUAUCAACAGCGCCUCACAACACCAGCAUACUCCUUGGUACGCCGAAAAAUGUGCCUCAACCAUCGCUUCAGCGUACUCCAGCGGCGCUUACAAUGACCAGAGAAUCGCCAGUGCUGAUUUACACGGGAGAUGCACCACCCAACACACCGGAACUUCCGCUGCAGCUCCACUGGCUGCCGGAAUUUUUGCUUUGGUCUUGGAAGCAAAUCCCAGCCUUACAUGGCGUGAUAUGCAACAUAUCAUCACAUGGACAGCAGAAUAUUCUUCCUUGAAGGACAAUCCGGGUUGGAGGAAAAAUGGCGCAGGAUUCUGGGUCAAUAAUGCGUUUGGAUACGGAAUUCUGAAUGCUAAGAGUAUGGUGGAGGUGUCCCAGAACUGGGUUACGGUUCCUGAGAAAUACAUCUGUGUCGUAGGAACAGAAGGAACACAAAUUAACUUUCCUCAAACCUUAAGGAGUGGACAAGAAUUGGAAAUCGAUCUCCAAACUACCGGAUGUAAAGGUCAGAGUAAUGAGAUAAACUUCAUCGAACACGUCCAGAUAGAACUGGAUAUGGAAUAUACAAAGCGCGGGGACCUAGCUAUCAACCUUACAUCAGCCAUGGGUGUCCGAACAAUGAUUCUACAAGAAAGACCCUUGGACUCCUCAAAGGAUGGUUUCCAUAAAUGGAAAUUUAUGUCUGUUCACUCAUGGGGUGAAAAACCAGCAGGCACCUGGAAAGUGAAGGUCAGAGAUAUGAAAGGAACGGAUAACACAGGAACAAUCAAGUCUGCUAGACUGAUAAUACAUGGAACAAAGGAGAUCCCUCAUCACGUGACUGGAAGCGGAGGUCAAAGGGUGUACAACGAUGAGUACAAUAAGGUCAAAGACGAGAGAGAUGAACGUCGAAAGAAUGCUGUACACCUGGAAAAAUUUAUCCAAGAUAGAGUAUCAGUUAUGUUUGGAAUGGUUAGCGUUGACCUCGGGUGGAUGAUAACCAAAGUUAAAAGGGGACCAAAUUUCAUUAUUAAUGUUCUGGAAAUUGGUGGAUCUCCGGCUCAGGAUACCCAACUGCUAACGUUUUUGCUGAAUGAAAUGACAAAUUACAGAACGGAAUUGAACUCUUUAAAAGCGGAUCUUAAGACUCUUGGAUUAGAUAUAGCAACUCUGAAGACGACGAAUGCUGGUUUGGUACAACAAAACGCGUUGCUGAACACCACAGUUGCUGGUUUGAAAACGAAGAAUGAACACUUGGAAAAACAACUCAUGAAUAACAUCAGCAGGCUUGAGUCAGAUAUUGUAACGGUGGAUAAAUCGACAAACACAUCAGUAUUGUUCAUUCAAUUUGAGCUACAACUUCUUCAAAAACGCUUUGAAGGAAGUUUGAAAAAUGUUUCGCUGGAGGUUGAAUAUCUGAAACGUCUCUUCAACAAUGCUACCAAUACUCACGCCGGAUGCUGUACAUCUGCGCACGCAAUCGCCAGUAACAAAUCUUUGUCCGACUUGGUCGUCAGAGUGAACAAUUUACAGUCAACGCUGAAUAUGACGAGUACUUCAGUUGAUCAAAUUGUGGCGCAAUCCAAAGACGUUGCAUUUUCUGUGAUGGGGGCAUCGGGCAGCCAAUUUCAACUGAGCGGCAUAGUUUUCCCCAAAGUAACGACAAACGUCGGAGGGGCUUACAACGCAAGUACCGGGAUAUUCACAGCCCCCACGCAGGGGGUCUAUAUGUUCUCUCUAUCCGACCUCAGCAUCAACAAUAACACAGUAGCCACCCCCUUCGUGCUCAAUGGAAAAAGAGUCGGUGGCUGUACGAAGGACAAUUAUUCCGUUGGGGCCCUUUUCAGUUGUCAAGCGAUUCUUGUCCUGAAUGUUGGAGACCAGGUGAAAACCAAGGAUUUCUAUGAUGGCCCUUUCCAUUGCUCUACAUCAGAGUUUAUUGGAUGGAAAUUGUGAAAUAUAGGCUUUUGCCGGAGGGUCUCAAAUCUAAGAAAAUGGAACUAAAAAAUGGAUUAUAAAAUAUGAAAUAAGAGCAUUAAAACUUAAUAAACAUAUAUAUAUUUACAAAAGCCCUACCUUAAUUGUGUAGAUUACCUAACCAAAUAAAAUGGUUAAGAAAGCAA